GGAAAGAAAGGAAGAAAGGCGUCCAAAUCUCGCGAUGAUAUGCUUAGAGCAGCCAUCUCGAGUUGCGAAGAAGUUUAUUUGGCGCGCUUGGAGGAAGAGGAGGAAGAAGGAGCAGCAGUGAGAGACGGAGAGGAAGGAAAGAGCGAGCGAGGCUGGCUUUGUGGGCUCCGUCUGAGGGGAGGGAGGAGGUGCCCUUUUCAUGCCACUGUUGUUGUGUUGACAUUUCCCGCUUCCUCUCCUCCCCUUGUGUUUCCACGCAGAAGAACCAGCCAUGACUUCUGUUUCUGACAAAGGCGACUCCCUGGCCACUGAACAGGCUGAAAAGAGAGGACCAGAGACCGAAAACAAAGUGGGAGGUAGCGAGGAGGAAGAUGAAGAGGAGGAGGGGAAAGAAGAAAAAGAAAAAAGCCUCAUUGUAGAAGGAAAAAGAGAAAAGAAAAAAGUUGAAAGAUUGACCAUGCAAGUGUCCUCAAUGCAGAAGGAACCUUUUACAAUUACACCAGGAAAGGGACAAAAACUUUGUGAAAUUGAAAGGAUACAAUACUUCUUAAGCAAGAAAAAGACAGAUGAACUUCGAAACCUGCACAAGCUUCUUUACAACAGACCAGGAACAGUUGCUUCACUAAAGAAGAAUGUAGGCCAGUUCAGUGGAUUCCCAUUCGAAAAAGGAAGUGACCAGUAUAAGAAAAAAGAAGAAAUGUUGAAAAAGUACAGGAAUGCAGUGCUGAAAAGUAUUUGUGAAGUUCUUGAUUUGGAAAGGUCAGGAAUUAAUAGUGAGCUGGUGGCCAGAAUCCUGAACUUCUUGAUGCAUCCAAAACCUUCAGGCAAGUCAUUGCCAAAAUCCAAAAAAACACCCAGCAAAGGUGGUAAAAAAGAACGCAGUAGUUCUGGAACAGCACGGAAAACCAAAAAGACCAAAUGUCCAGAGAUCCUGUCAGAUGAAUCUAGCAGUGAGGAGAAUGAAAAGAAAGAGAAAGAUGAAUCAUCUGAAGAAGAUAAAGAAAGUGAAGAAGAGCCACCUAAAAAAUCAAAAAAAGAAAAAUCCAAACAAAAGACAGCUUCAAAAAGCAAAAAGGGGUCAAAGAAUGCUUAUGUCAAGAAAGCAGAUAGCAGCACAACGAAGAAGAAUCAGAACAAUUCCAAAAAAGAAACUGAGUCUGAAGAUAGUUCAGAUGAUGAGCCUUUAAUUAAAAAGUUGAAAAAGCCACCUACGGAUGAAGAACUGAAAGAAACAGUGAAGAAGCUGUUAGCUAAUGCAAACCUAGAGGAAGUUACUAUGAAACAUAUUUGUAAAGAGGUAUAUGAAAACUAUCCCUGUUAUGAUUUGUCUGACAGAAAAGACUUCAUCAAAAAGACAGUGAAAGAGCUCAUUUCAUGAUCUAAUGGGAAGGAAAUGAAGUCUGCUGAGAUGUUCCCAUGGAUUUAAACAUUUUACAAACACCAGCAAAAUUAUUUUUGUCUGUUUUAUUUUUUGUUUUGCCUGUUUGGUAUAGUAUAGUAUUUAGUCAGGGAUGAUUCUACUGGUUUAAUGUUCUGAGUGUUAAUUGAAAUUUCUUUCACUUUUAAAAAAUGUGUUCUUAAGUUUUUGCAUGGCAAUACAUGUUCCCUGCUUUUACUUGGUGCAUUGUGCAGUUUCUUGUACAAGCAGAUGUACUAUAGCUUUUGUAGAUUUUAGUGCAUUGUAAUGUAGAGAAUUUUUAAAAAUCAGUUAAAAUGAAAGCUGUUGUAUCUGUACAUACUCAUGCAGAAGCUAUUAAAUACAGUAUUGGGCAUUACAUUUAUUUGGAAUAUCUACCAAUUCUCUUAAUCUGGAAUAAGUCAUAUGUCCUCACUACAAAUUACCUAAAUUAUUUUAUACUAUCUUGCAUGUGCAUACAUCUGAGCAUUGUCAAAGCAUGAUCACUUAUAAAUAGAUGUUAUUUUUGUACUUUGAAAGCUUUCUGUUUAUAUAAAAGCUUAAUUCAAAUGUCUUUGCUUUAAAAAGGAAAAUCAUUGUGUUUUUAGAGGAUUUAUGACCAAUGUCAGUGUUUGAGAACAGGCCUUGGAUUAAUUUGGAAGCAAAUAUAACGACUGUGCAAAAGUGAUGGCAUUUGUUUGCUUCAUAAGGAAAUUGUUAAUUCGCUCAUAUUUUUCAGUGUUUAACAGGAUAAAGUGGGCUCUGGCUAAUUUCAAUACAAAGGUUUUAUGUGAUGCCCUACAUGCUAAAGUUAAUACAUAGGAAAAACAAGUAUGAUGUGGACUUCUAAAGUUGUCUUCCCUUUGUGAAGUGAUCAUGUUAGUGUCUCGUACUCCAGCUGUUCUUGGGUAAUACAUGCCCAGGAAAACCAAGUGAUCCCUUAGGUAAGAAUAACUUCAGAACAGAACUUUACUACUAUUGUGGUAUAUGCUGGCCAGUUUAGUAUUGUUGUGGCAUAUCGGUAUCUGUAAUGAAAAUAUAUUUAAAUAUGGGAGGAUUGGUGGUUAAGUAUAUUAGCGUAAAGCCAAUUGCUAAUCAUCAUUUGUGGAAAAACCCAUCAAUUUCAGUUUGUCUGCACUAGUUGAGGCUAACAUCAAAUUCAACUCAGUGACUUAAAAUUGCCAGUCCCAGUUAGAUUAGGCCUCUUUAAAUCACUUGCUGAAUGGUAAGUAGAUCCCAUUGUAUCAGUGGAUCCACUGUAGUUGUGACUAGCAGUUGGAUUUGGCCCAAUAAGCUAAAACACCUGCCACAGUGGUUCAGUGUGAUUUCUUAAUUAAAACCUGAGAUCUACAAACAGUGGGUUAAAUCAUGGGCUGUGAUGAAUAGGACUGCUUGUGAUUUACAGUUCAGUGGUCACUGGCAGGUUUCAUAAUCCUCACAGCAGGAUUAAAUCCAAUGUUAGUCGUCUUUAGAGUAGCCCCACUGAAAUUAUGGGACUUAGUUGGAUUUAGCCCAAUUAUUAAUGAAGUUUUAUUAGUUUAGAAUUCAGUUCCUGCCUUGUCAGUAAAGAUACGAUCAUGAGUUAAAACUCCCAACAAAUGCCAAAUACGUAUGUGUCAUAAUGUGAAAUGUGAUUAAUUUCUCCAUGAUUGUAUUGAUUACAAGCACUGCAGGUUUUAAAUAUUGUAAUACAUGGUUGAAGAAUCAAAGAUGAUAGAUCUAUAUUCUGAAAAUAUUAAGCAGUUAGUAAGGUGUUUCAUCCUCACUGUUUUUACCACUUUCUUUGCAUGUAGUACUGAGUUUUGUAUUCAAUAAAUGUCUUUAAGGAAAAUGUAUAUUUUGAUACUUUAAUACAUGUACAGUAAAAUUGAUACAGAACCAAA